AGCAUUGAUCUGGGAGAUAUCAUGUGUAAGCUUAUGGCCAUGAAGGAACUGGGAAGCAGGACGAUUUGUCUGCUUACCAUUAAGGUGAUAAAAGGCCGCAUAUCCAGAGAGGAGCAGCAAACAGCAAGGGGAAUAACUUCCAUGGUUGAAAAGGAAAAUAAACAUAAAACACAUUGCCUUGAGAAAGGGUUUUCAGCUCUUCUCAAGAAGAAGCAAACUACGGCUCGAAAGGACUUGACUGCAAGGUUGGUCGUAGAUCAUGUUAGCGCUCUGAUCUCCGACCUCCUAGGCACCAAGCAAAGGAUUUACUUCGCUAACCAGCCCUUAUCAGCUCAACCGAAGCAUCUAUUAUAACUGAAGUGGAAAGGGCAUAUCU